AUGCCAGUGCUCUGCCUUGCGAUGUCGGACGCAAACUCUUCUCCGCCUGGACACGUUCAUACGCCGAAGCGGACUAAACCUCAUCGCCUGCCCAUUCUGCACAUGUUCAGACACCGGAAAAGUCAUUCGCGCUCCGAUGAGCGUGGACCGGUACAACUAUCGACUUCACCAGAGUCUCCCAAAUCAACUCAUGCACGACUGCCCUCGAAUGCGGGAUUACGCAAUGGCAUGUCUACAACAGUCCUUGUAGAUGAGUAUUCAAACUUAUCCUCUAAGCGUGGAUCGCAGUCCACGAUUCACAGAUUGAUAUCACCAGGACUGCCUCCUCCGUCUCCUGCACGAUUACCCUCCAUCGUGGGGGUGUACAAAGACGUGCCAGCGUCCGUGAUUGCGGAUGCAUACUCAAGUUUGCACGACUGCAUUGACUCGCAUGUACUGCGGUUCUAUCAACCGAAACCUAAGUACUCGGGCGCGACGCAGGCAGUCAUUGAGCAUGCUAGCACGGGGGCAAUGAUACCAUGGCCACAAAUCCGAAGCUUUUUAAGUAACCCAUCAACCACUCUGGCGACCUUGUCGCUCUGCAUCGCGUGGACUAUCUUGAGUCGGAGUCUUCUUCUAAAGCUGGGCGUCAGCAGUAGCUCUGGAUCUUCUUUCCUACCCCCAGAGAUUGUAGAGUGCUUCCAAAGCUUCUCCUUGGGCAAGGGGGCAAUGACUCUGGAGCCUGACGAAAUCGAUUCAGUCGACUUUGCUCUUCUAUCCCGUUGGAAACGGAUCUCUGCCACGUUGCUUCACUCGACCUAUGUGGAUAAUGCUUUUAGCAAUUUUGAUUCCCGGACUGUCAACAUUGAGCGCGCCCUUAAGGAUGUCGAUCCGUUGCUUUCGACGUACGCGGUGCCAGAUGACGCCGGUCGCGGCAAAGACGCUCGGGUUUCAGAGCUGAGGGAUGUGCUAAGAAAAGGCGCCAAGCUCGCCUUUACGUUGUUCAAUCAGUCUAGUUUUUGGAAAUUUGACUGGACAUCAGACCGCGCGGUCGAACACGGCAAAGAGGAAUCGCAACGCAAUUUAGGGCGGAUACCUAGUUUCGAAACCGGCAUGGCAUGUGUGUCUGUGCUGUUGACACCGAAAGAGGUUGUUAUUUGGCCGACCUUGCUGAGGGUCAUGGAUGGUGAAGGGAUCAGUAUUCAGGGGCAGGCCGAUGACGGGAGGAACACUUUUGGGGAGAAGCAAUAUCUGAGCGAUUUCGUGGAGAAUCGAGGAAAGCAGUGA